AUGACCUGGGGGGGCAGUGUUCCAUAUGCGGGGCUGAUAGCUGGAAACCCUUUCCACUGUGACUGCGACAUUGCCUGGCUUAUUGACAUGGCAAAGGUUGCGGAACAGUGCCGGUUGGAGAUAACCGUUCGCGGUAUCGAUGCUUGUCGUUCUGAAAUUGGCAAAAACGCGCUUGUCCGUGAGUUUCGCAGGGAACCGUCUUUGUUCCGCUGUAAGACACCCUCAGACCUGGUCGAUGUUGAACUCUUCCGACUAGAUAUCUCGCCAUGUCGAGACUUCUGGAAUCUUAUGUUCCAAAAUGAGACCCACGGCCCGCCUUGUCCUGCAGACGAUUUCUGCCCCAGAGAUGGGCAUUCUAACGGCAUUACUUCAUCUUCGCUGCCGCCAACAACCAGUAGUUCCGGAAUUGAGGAAUCAAAAAGGAACCAAACUAAAAUGUAUCAGAAUUUCCAAAACGCGACAAAUACUAGUAUGCUUGACGUUAAUAAUGCAACCUUGGCGGCAGCAAGGACCUUCGUCUUGGUUGUGUACUGUAUAAUGGUUAAGUUCCAAGCCGGCAAACUGGCCGUCCAACCUAACACCAACCUGCACGCUCCAGUCAAUGAUCAGAAUAGCUGCCCCAGUGUCGUUCCGAAACCAGACUCAGACGACAGCGUUUACGAACACAUUUCGGACGACGACGAAGAAGAAGAACCUUAUGCAAAGUCGUAUGUUUUCGACGUUCCGCAGUAUGAGAUGACUAAGAUUUAA